CGACGACCAGAUAGACAUCUACCGCUCAGUGGAAGAGAGAAUCAGUAACAGCUAUGGCGUGGACGGGAGAGGAUGUGUCCUGCGGUUUAUCUGUGAGCUGCAGAAAUAUCCCAUUAAAGACUGGACUAUUUUCGGAGAAUUAAUUACGACCGUAUUUACCCCGAAAUGGAGCGGCGAGGAGAACAGAACCACCAGGAAUCCUCUACAGGCGUACCUACAAGCCCAAAAGGAAGGCCGCGGAGGUGACGGCGACUCCUGCAGGGCCCUCUACGGCCUGCAGUGUCCCUUCAGCGUGUUCAACUUCUUCGGCUCCAACGAGGAGGACCCGUGGGCUGACGGGGGGUGGGAGGGCGGUUUCCUCGUCUGGCGAUAA